AUGGCUUCGUGGCUUCAGAUCCCCAAGAAUUCGCCUUUCUCUCUGGCCAAUAUCCCAUUUGGUAUCAUUUCCUCUGCAAAGGCCACAUCUCGCGUUGCCGCAGUUGCGAUCGGAGACUAUGCGUUGAACCUCAGCGCGUUCGCCUCAUCCGGAGGUUUCUCGCAGCUUUCCGUCAUCCAGCCCCAUCUUGGCGUGUUCAGCCAGCCUACCCUGAACGCAUUCGCUGCUCUCGGUCGCCCAGUGCAUCGCGAAGUCCGUGAAUAUAUCCAGACUGUUUUCCGUGCCGACACACCGUUCCCCCAGCUCCUCAAAGACAACGAAACUCUGCAGAAGGAGGUUCUCGUGCCCUUGUCGGAGGUGACCAACCAUGUACCCAUGCAGAUCGGCGACUACACGGACUUCUACGCGGGCCUCAACCAUGCUUACAACAUAGGUGUGCUCUUCCGUGGACCUGAAAAUGCUCUGCAACCCAACUACAAGCAUCUGCCUGUCGGCUACCAUGGCCGUGCUUCCUCGGUGGUCGCUUCGGGCACCCCCAUCCGCCGCCCCAACGGGCAGAUCCUGGCCAACCCCGCCGCGAACCCCAAGGUGCCAACUUUCUCUCCCUGCAAGAAGCUGGACAUUGAGCUGGAGCUGGCUGCUUUCGUCAGCACGACCAACGAGCUGGGCCACCCCGUGCCCAUCGAUGAGGCCGAGGACCACAUCUUCGGCGUGGUGCUCAUGAAUGACUGGUCCGCCCGUGAUAUCCAGGCGUGGGAGUACGUUCCCCUGGGUCCUUUCAACGCGAAGAACUUUGGCACCACAAUCACACCGUGGGUGGUCCUGCUGGACGCCUUGGAGCCGUUCCGCACGACUGGCCUGGAGCCCGGCAACCGCGAGGCCCUCCUGCCCUACCUGCGCGAGAAGCGCGAACAGAAUGCCUUCGAUAUUCCCCUCGAGGUGGAGAUCACCAAUGCUGGCGGCCAGCCCACUGUGAUCUCGCGCAGCAACGCGAAGAACCUGCUGUACUCUUUCCCCCAGAUGCUAACCCACCACACCAUCACGGGCUGCAACCUGAACACUGGUGAUCUGCUGGGCAGUGGCACAAUCUCCGGUAAGGAGUCACAGACCGAGGGUAGUCUGCUGGAGCAGACCAACGGAAAGAACCCCAUCAAGCUGGCUGAUGGCUCCGAGAGGCUGUUCUUGGAGGACGGUGACACGGUUAUCCUGCGCGGUAUGGCCGGCACCGAAGGCAACUACGUCGGCUUCGGCGACUGCGUAGGAACCAUUCUUCCGCCUGUCAAGCUGGACUUUUAG